AUGACUGCCAAAUCACACGCGAUCCUGCCCACGGCUGGCGACCCAGACUAUCGCCAUCUGAGUGCCGCCAACGGUCACGCGCAGCAACCACCACGCAGGCCAAAUUUCAGGAAGCUCGCCCUGUGCGUAUCGCUGGCCCUCGCCACGGUUGGCCUGCUGUAUAAGCCGGCAUUCGGUCACUAUCAGCGAAUCUACCAGCACUCGUGCUCCAAGACGCUGAGUGUCGAGGAGAGGGCUCACAAGAUUCUGUCGGCCACUCCUCUGAUUGACGGUCACGUCGACUUCCCGCUUGUUAUCCGUGGCCCGUACGGGAACCAUAUCGACGGAGAUGACUUCACCGGCCCCUUUGAGAACGGAACGCUCAAGGGCCACGUCGACCUCGCGCGGCUGAGGGCUGGUCGCGCCGGAGGUGCCUUUUGGAGCGUGUUCGCGCCGUGUCCUGCAAACGGCACCGACUUUUCAGACGACAACUAUGCUGACAGUCUGCAGUUCACGCUGCAGGAGAUCGACAUCAUGAAGAGGCUGUUUGCCGCAUAUCCGGAUGACUUCGCUCAUGACAUCGACAGCUCCGAGGCCAUUGACGCGUUCCGAGCCGGAAAGCUGAUAAGCCCUCUGGGUGUUGAAGGCCUCCACCAGAUUGCUAACCUGGCUGGCAACCUGCGCAUGUUCCGCGACCUCGGCGUGCGGUAUGCGACGCUAACUCACAACUGCCACAACAAGUUUGCAGAUGCCGCUCUGCUGGAGCACCCCUUUCGAAAAGCAACCCCCGUUUGGGGCGGCAUCAGCCCCCUCGGCCGGCAGCUGGUUCACGAGAUGAACCGCAUCGGCAUGAUUGUCGACCUUGCUCACGUCAGCGAAGAUACAAUGAUUGAUGCCCUCGGCGGGAGAGAGGACUGGGAAGGCUCCAAAGCACCCGUCAUCUUCUCCCACAGCUCGGCAUACGGCAUCUGCCCUCACCCGCGCAAUGUCAAGGACAACGUGCUGCAGCUGGUCAAGAAGACCAAUUCCCUGGUCAUGGUCAACAUUGCCCCGCAGUUCAUCUCCUGCGUCGACAACGGCGAUGACAAUGACGUUCCAGGCGUUCCAGACGAAGACCCUGACAAUGCAACCCUGGAGAAGGUCGCCGACCAUAUCACGUACAUUGGAAGCCGUAUCGGCUACGAUCACGUCGGCAUCGGCACUGACUUCGAUGGCAUUGGCUCGGUCCCCAAGGGCCUCGAGGACGUAUCCAAGUAUCCUGACCUGAUUGCCGAGCUCUUGCGACGAGGAGUCAGCGACGCCGACGCCGCGAAAGUGGUGGGUGAUAACCUGAUCAGGGUCUGGAAGGCGGUGGAUGCCGUAUCCGCCGAGUUGAAGGCCAACGGCGCGCCCGUCAUGGAGGACAAGCUGUAG